AUGUUUUCCAUUCUUGAUGACCUCAAUUCCAGUACGUAUGUUAUGGAAGAUAACUUUCGCCACUUUAUUCUUGAUUAUCCACUACUCGAAAAGAUUAACGUAUUUCAACAACUCCACUCACCACUUGAUGAUAUAGAACAGGAAGGAAAUUACGAAGCUACUGAUUUUAAAGCAAAUUUAACUGAAAUUCCCUCUUCUGAAUGGGGAGGACUCGUAAAAAACACAAUAAAGGAUGACGAUAGAAUUACGACAUUAAUAGAUGGCCAUCCUGGGCGAAGCUAUUACUUUUAUGCCAUUGGCUUAUAUUGUACAGCACAUGAUCAAUAUAUUGAAAUAGGCCUUCCCACGAACAGCAACAACCAGUUAACAAAACAUGUUAGAUUGUGGGCUAUGGUUCCAGCAACGUAUGAUAUGAUCUACUGUCCUUCGAUUCAGUCUUAUUAUUUCUUAAAUUACUUUGCAUGUUUCUUUGUUUUCCUUUUACUUCCACCUAAAUGA